AUGUUCCCCGGCAGUCACCCACGCUAUCAAAGAAAUAAAACACAGGAGCCCGCCCCCCAAACCCUGGGUGGGCUGGCCUCUGGUGUGCACCCGUCGCCCUGUGCACUGACCUUCGCCGAAACGCUCGGUCUCCAGCAGAAGAAGGAGCAGAAACAGACGAAAAAGUCCGAACAGAGGCAGACGCAGGAGUCAGUGCAAAAGCAACAGCAGAAGACGGAAAAGAAGCAGAAGUUGAGGGAGAAGCCCGAGCAAAAGUCCGAUGAAAAGCAGGAGAACCCGGGCAGAAGCAGAUGCAGAUACAGAAGCAAUAGCCUGAGCAGAAGCGGAAGCACAAGCAGCAGGCCGCAGAGGAGAGGGCCGAGGCGUGCGGCGACGAGUGCGCCCACCCGAAGGCGCGGGUGA